AAGCAAUCUCUUGAAUUCCCCCCCCCCCAACCGCUCAUCCCGAUUCGCCAAUUCAGGUUUAUCUCAUUAGCCAUGCCCAACAUUCCUAUGCCUGCCCAGGUGGAAAAGCCGGUCGCCGCCGCGUCGACGUCCAAGGCUCCCGCCCCGCUGCCCCAGAACUUUUCCAAGGACCAGGCAAAGAAGGCCGUCAAGGCGCUCUUGGCUCACCAUGUUAAGGACAAGGAGCGUCAGGAGGAAAAGACUUUGAUUUCCAAGGAUGAGCAUAUCUGGUUGGUUAUCAACACCCGAAGAAUGCCUACCAAGAAGAGCAACAAGCCGAGCCGAAUCAACCUUCCUCACCCCCCUCUUCCCCCUCCCCCAGCAACCUCGGUCUGUCUCUUCUCCAAAGACCCGCAACGGCAAUACAAAGAUCUCUUGCAUGAACAAGGCGUCAAAUUCAUCGCCCGUGUCGUUGGUCUCGAAAAGCUCAAGGGAAAGCACAAGCCUUACGAGGCCAGGCGGGCGUUGGCCAACGACCAUCAGGUGUUUUUGUGUGAUGAGAGCAUCAUGCCGAUGAUGCCCAAACUGUUGGGCAAGAUCUUUUUCGACGCCAAGAAGCAACCUCUUCCCGUUAACCUAAAAAAGAAAGAUAUCAAGACCGAGCUCGCACAGGCCAUCUCUUCUGCCUUUUUCCACGAGAGCUUGGGUACCACCUCCACCCUGAGAAUAGCUACUGCUGUUCAUCACAACGCCGAGCAGGUUCUUGAGAACUUGCUCGCCGCCCUUCCUGCCGUUGUCGGCAAGAUCCCCGAUGCAUGGGAUAACAUCAAGUCGGUCGGAAUCAAGACAUCGGGAUCGAUGCUGUUGCCCGUCUGGACUGUCGAUCCCGCCAAGCUGUACAGCGCCGAGGACGUCGACGUCAAGGUGAAGAGCAAGGCGGAGAAGAAGCGACUUCGAGGCGAGGAGAGCGACGACAGCAUGAUGACCGCAAGCGAGGACGAGUCGGCCCCGAGCUCGAAAAAGUCGAAAAAGAAUGGCAAGGAGUCGAAACAGGCCGAGCCCGUCGCCGUCCCCGCCCCUUCCCCGAAAAAGGCUGCCGCUUCGCCAAAAGCCGCAAAGCAGGCUGUUGUUCCGGAGCCCAAGGCUGAGAAGGAGCCCAAAAAGGUGCUCGCUGGAAAGACCAAGGACGCCCUCCCUGCCAAGAAGAAGACGGCGGGUGCUGCCGGGCGGUCAUCCGUCAAGGCUAGCGUGAUCGGCAAGAAGAAGCAGUAGAUAACGUUUUCCAAGCUUUGUAGAUUUUGUGUAGUAGGGCUCGCAGUGGAUAGCUCGUUUCGAUCAUGACCAUGCU